AUGGCCACUUUCCAGGACCGUGCCCAGCACAUGGUUGCUCAGCUCGACAAGGAGCUCUCCAAGUACCCCAUCCUUAACAACCUGGAGCGCCAGACCAACGUCCCCAAGGUGUACGCGAUCCUGGGUCUUGUCGGCGUCUACUUCUUCCUCGUCUUCUUUAACAUCGCUGGCGAGUUCCUCGUCAACUUCGCUGGUUUCCUUAUCCCCGGUUACUACUCCAUUAACGCCCUGUUCACGCCUGGUACCCGGGAUGACACUCAGUGGUUGACGUACUGGGUUGUCUACGCUCUCCUGACCGUCGUUGAGAGUGCCAUCAGCGCUGCCUACUGGUUCCCCUUCUACUACAUUUUCAAGUUCGUCCUUGUCCUCUGGAUGUCUCUUCCCCAGACCAACGGUGCCCAAAUUGUCUUCCACUCCUUCCUCCAGCCUGUCCUCGGCCGCUUCUUCAACAACGGCUCGACCUCGGCCAACCUCCGUGCUCAGGCCGAGGCCGCCGCCAAGUCUCAGUAA